CUUUGCGUCAUCAGUCUGCGCGCUGGUCGGGCGCUGGAUGGUUCGGAUCACUUCUGAAGUAGUGACCACUGCGCGACCUGUGGAGGCUUGAUGGGGGAGACGGCUGUGGCCAUGAGCCCUUGUCCCUUGCGCGAGGACAGCUUCACGCGCUUCUCCUCGCAGAGCAAUGUGUACGGGCUGGCCGGCGGCGCCGACGGGCGUGGGGAGCUGCUGGCCGCCACCCUUAAAGGCAAAGUGCUCGGCUUCCGCUACCAAGACCUCCGGCAGAAAAUCCGGCCGGUGGCCAAGGAGCUGCAGUUCAACUACAUCCCCGUGGAUGCAGAAAUUGUUUCCAUCGACACCUUCAACAAGUCACCCCCCAAGCGGGGCCUGGUAGUGGGGAUCACAUUCAUCAAGGAUUCGGGGGACAAGGGCAGCCCGUUCCUUAACAUUUACUGUGACUAUGAGCCCGGCUCUGAGUACAACCUGGACUCCAUUGCCCAGAGCUGCCUGAACCUGGAGCUGCAGUUCACGCCUUUCCAGCUGUGCCAUGCAGAGGUCCAGGUUGGGGAUCAGCUGGAGACCGUGUUUCUCCUGAGCGGGAAUGACCCGGCCAUACAUCUCUACAAGGAGAACGAGGGGCUGCAUCAGUUUGAGGAACAGCCUGUGGAAAACCUCUUCCCAGAGCUCACAAACCUGAGCAGCAGCGCCCUCUGGCUGGACAUCCACAACCUCCCCGGCACAUCACGCCGCCUCUCAGCCCUGGGCUGUCAGAGUGGCUAUGUCCGAGUCGCCCACGUGGACCAGCAGCGCCGAGAGGUUCUGCAGACGUGGACGGUCCUACAGGACGGCCCCAUCUCCCGCGUGAUCGUGUUCAACCUCGCAGCCCCUGAGCAGGCUGAGGCCGGGCCGCGGCGAGAGGAGUACAGCGUGCUCGUGGCCAGCAUGGUGGAGCCGGCCGUGGUGUACCGGGACCUGCUGAACCGGGGCCUUGAGGACCAGCUUCUCCUACCUGGCAGUGACCAGUUUGACAGCGUCCUCUGUGGCCUGGUCACCGAUGUGGACUUGGAUGGACGGCCGGAAGUCCUGGUGGCCACUUAUGGACAGGAGCUGCUCUGCUACAAGUACUGCAGCCCAGAGUCGGGGCACCCGGAGGCCAAGCAUGGCUUCCGCCUACUGUGGCAGCGGAGCUUUUCGAGCCCCCUGCUGGCCAUGGCACACUUGGACCUGACCGGAGAUGGGCUACAGGAGCUGGCCGUGGUCUCCCUGAAGGGGGUGCACAUCCUGCAGCACAGCCUGAUCCAAGCCUCUCAGCUGGUCCUGACCCGGCUUCAGCGCGAAGUGGAGCAGAAGAGACAGAAGGCACAGGGGCCUGGGGGCAGGGUGGGUCAGGGACCUGCUGAGACCACAGCCUCCUGAGCCCCAGGCUUCACAGGCCUGGGUCAUCCACGGGGCCUAACCUGCAGCUGUUGGUGGGGAUCAGUGUCCCCAAGGAGGGGGUGCUCCCCUCAGAUCUAACCCACUGCCCUCUGUGUCCGUGCCCCUAAUUCCAAGCGGGAUGUCCUGCCCAGCCCCUCCAUCCCCAUGAUUACUGGCUGGAUGAUAACUUGUGUCCACGGGACAAA